UCUUAAAUCUGUUCUCAAAGACAAACCCAUUGUCUUCGAGAGACAACCGGAAGACCACAUGAAUAAUGUGUUUGAAUAUUAUAUUUCGUGUGAAAUAUUCAAAGAGAUCUUAGAAAGUGUUGAAUAUCUCCACUCAUGUGAUCCACCGGUCAUUCAUCGGGAUCUCAAACCCGACAACAUUUUAAUUUCAGUCAACAUUACAUCCAAUCGUUGUGUAAAACUGUGUGACUUUAGUUUGGCCACCGAUCACAACACCGACAGACACACUGCCAGCCGAUACGGGCACACAUCAUGUGUGGGCACUUUGGCAUAUAUGGCACCCGAACUGCUUUCAGGCAGUGUUUAUAACCACUUAUCAGACAUUUAUAGUCUGUCUAUAAUCGGUCAGAAGUUGUUUGGUAUCGAUCUUCAGGCCUCUCAAACAAUUGAAGCCAAAGACUCAGUCAUUAAGAAACCGAUACUUUGUUUGUUUGAAAUACUGGAGAAAAUGAUGUCAACUCCGCGAUGGAGACAACGGCCUGACUGUCAGCAAGUGUUGGCCACACAUAACGAGUGGUCUAUCGAUAAAACUGUUGUCAUUAAUGAUAUGGAUUUCAUUAAAUAUAGG